UUUGGAGUGAGUUUCACACUUUUGAAUCCCCUGUUGGGAGCAGAAAAAACACAAGAGUGGCCUUGUCAUUACCGUGAGUAUUUAGAGCUUCCUGUCUCGUUGAAUGGUGAGGCGCGGCGGACCAAUAGGAGGGCAGUGGUGUGGAUGCAACAGUGAUCCAGGAAAAAAUAGCCCAUUGUUCCCGGGACACUGGAGAAGUGUGACCACCGUCCUGCUGCCUCUGGCUGCUCAGCCUAACGGUGCACUGAAGGACCCGGCACUCCACUGACAGGUCAGUAUGAGUGGGGGAGUCAAUGUGAAGUCGGCCCCCCGGGCUCCUCCCUCAGGAAUCCCCCUCCCACACAGCCUGUUGCCCUCGUCCCCCAAAGCAGACACUCGCCGCCGGGCUAGUGACCUGCCCAGGCCCUCAACACAAACCCCUAAACACACACCCACACACACUCCCACACACACACCCAGACAUUCUCCUUUACUUUGCCCACGGGCCUCCUGCAUUCCUGGACCUUCCUCAAAGGACCCAAAGAGAGAUGCCAGCCUGAAAAGUCAGCUCUUUCAGCGGACAGGGGCUUUACCUGCUCCCCAGGUGUCACGUUCUGCCUACAGCAGCCCGUUAACCCAACGCAGGGUGCCGCCACCCCACUCCAAAGACACACUGGAUCUGGGAAAACCCACCCAUUCUCACAUCCCCUUGCAGUUUCCACAUGAUGGCAAUUGCAACAGAAACACCCUCACAAAUAAGAAUCAAACAUGGGGAACCAGCAACCUGCGUCCGCCGCUCCAGUUCAGAAAAGGAGACAACUUCAACACUGUAUCCCAGGCAACGAGUGAGGUCAUGCCACAAAGAGAAGAAGAGCCUCCAGAGCAUCACCGAGCCGGGUCCGCCAUGUCAAACAACAGUAACCUCCGUCCCUGUCUUGCUCAAGCAAGCUAUGAACACGGUAUCAGAGGGCGCAGUGACUCCACCAGCCAAUCAGACGAGGAGAUGGGCACUCCUGAAGACAGCAGUCCGGCCUCCUCGCCCUGUCCCCUGCCGCUGCCACCGAUCACAUUCACCAUGCCAGUGAUGUCCAAAGUGACUGUUGAUAUGCUGGAUCAAAGCCUAGAUGAGGAAGCUGCGUCCCCAGAAACACACACACUCAGAGUCAACAUGGCGACUGUGGCUCCCUUCAGCUACAGGCUGCAUGUGCAGGAGAACGAUUUUUCAGUGGACGAGCUGAGCGACUGCUCAUCUGGAUCCAUAGAAGUCUGCUGUGAUGACCUAACACUAGGAGGGAUGCUGGAGGCUAAUGUGGCUAACAUUAGCAUGACGGCCAAGCCCAGAGAACUGGACCUGAGGUCUGCUGCUGUCUCCUGCCAGGAAACUUCAGCCCAGGCCAUGGCCUCAAGGAAGCCCCUGGCCAAGCCCUCUGCUCUGCCCCAGGGACCUUCACGUCCCUCCGGGUCAGAGCUCAAGGUCUAUCGGCCCACCUCUGGAUCUAUCCCCAUCCCAAUCCCAAAUCCGUCCAGGCUCCGCAAGCAGCGGUCACUCAACAACUUGUGUGUGCUCACUGAUGCUGAGAAGAAGCUGCACCUGUACCAAUCUCCCCGCUGGAAUGAUGACACAGGUCAGCCCGGCACUGGAAUCAACAAGCCGGGCCAGACUAAGACAGGUCAGGCUGGGGGUGGGAGACCACCACUGUCCAGGACCCUUUCAAAGUCUGAACAGUCUCUUUUCCAAGGGAAACCCAAACCUUUCUGCUCUCCAUCUUCUAAUGGGAGCAAGCCAAGUCGAAUCCCUGCUCCUGGUAAACCACGCGGACCUUACGCUGAGGUCAAGCCCAUCAGCAAGGCCUCUGAGGCAAGCCAGAGUGUAGACACGGACUCUGCAGACCCCCCAUCUAAGGCUAACUCCAAUGGAGCUGGGAAUACUGGGACUAAUGGCAAGAAACUGGGAGAGAAGGGGAGAUCUGCAGCUCUGUCAACAGAGGAGAAGAAAGAGAGGAAGGGGAUAGAAGGAGAAGAUGAUAAGAGCUUUCUGAAGGUGGACCCAGAGUUAGUGGUGACAGUUCUGGGAGACCUGGAGCAGCUGCUCUUCAGCCAAAUGCUCGACCCAGAGUCCCAGAGGAAGAGGACCGUGCAAAAUGUUCUGGACCUUCGACAGAACCUAGAGGAGACCAUGACCAGCCUGAGAGGGGUGCAGCUGAGCCACAGCUGUGUGGAGGGCUCUGUGUGCUACGACAGCGAUGAAGCUGCUGCGUUCUCAAUUUCCAGCCUAUCGAAUCGCUCCUCUCCGUUGUCAUGGCGCCAGGGUCAAGCCAGCCCCCGUCUGCAGGCUGGUGAAGCUCCGUCCACAGGUAACACCCAGUCAGACAUCCCCCUUCGGAUCAGCCACACUGCUCGUAUCCAACUCAUCGAGGCGCUGGACGACUCGGAUCCGUCCCUCCUGAAGGGAGAUUACCUCAGCAACAGCGACCUCGGCAGUAAGAGCCCAAUCGAGGAUGAUGACGAUGAUGAUGAUAUUGAUGAUCUGGGUAAUGGUUGGGAUGAAAGCAGUUCCAUUAGCAGCGGUUUGAGCGACGGUUCAGACAACCUCAGCUCUGAAGAGUUUAACACGAGUCCCACUCUCAACUCCCUCCCAACCACUCCCAUCGGCUCCCGCAGAAACUCGGCCAUUGUGAUGCGUACAGAUGCAGAGAAGAGAUCUCUGGUGGAGAGUGGUCUGUCCUGGGACUCUGAUGAUACCAAACCCAGCCGCAAGAGCCAGGGCAGCGUCUACGAUACAGGGAGUCUCAAGUCCGAAUCUGCCAAUAAAUGGAAAAAGACGCGGACACAGGGGGAGGGGCUCGAAGGGGGGAAAGGCGAACUGAAGAAACCUCAGACCCUGGGUCAAGGGAAUGUGUUGAAGAAAGGAAGAAACCCACCUGUUGGAGUCACCUCCCCGAUCACACACACCUCUCAGAGUGGGCUGAAAGUGGCAGGUACAGUUAAGUCAGAUGGGAAGCCAAUAGACAAGUCCCGAUUAGCAGUAAAGACCUCCGGCCUUCAGCGCUCCUCUUCUGAUGCCGGUAAAGACCACAGAAAUGGCAUCAGUGCUGGUGAGCAACGUAAACCUCCAUCUGGUCUAGUCAGGCCCUCCACUGGUGGAAACUUUGGCUUCAAGAAGCCUACCACUGCUACCAAUAACAACACAAACAAUCCCAGUAUGCCCUGCGGCUCUGCAGCUGUGGGGAAGAUUCCUAAAACAUCGGGUAUACCUGUCAAACCAGGAGCUGGUGGUGGUGGUAGUGGUGGAGGACGCAAGACAAGUCUGGAUGUUUCAAGCACCGACCAGAGUGGUUUUCUAUCUCCAAAUGCAAGGACGUCUCUCCAGUACCGCUCGCUGCCUCGCCCAGCAAAGACAAGCACCCUGACUCUAACCCGACCGAGCUCAGCUCGUCCAAUGAGUACUACCAUGGACUCCGGCUCUGGACUGAUUAAACCUCCCCAGGGCUCUAGGCUCAAAGAGCCCGCCUCAGGGCUUGGUUCUGGGUUGAGUAAAGCAGGUGGUCGUGGGAUCCCAAGUCCCGGCCCUGUCAAUCAGACAGACAGAGAGAAAGAGAAAGAGAGGGCCAAAGCUAAAGCUGUGGUAUCUGACUCUGAGUGUGGAGGUGGGUCUCUGAAGGGCAGCCCAGCUCAGACCCCCUCAGAGAACGGAGGGAAGCUGCAGGGCCUGAGACCUCCCAGCAGUGGCAAGAGCAUGGAUCUGCCCUCACCCAACACACACAGGUUAUCUGGGAUGCGCAGCCUGGCAAAGCCUCCAUCUAUGGCCCAGCUGGACAAGCUGAACUCCAACAGCCUAGAGGUCGGAGUUCAGGACUCCCUGCCACCUAAAAUUCCUCCCUACUCUAAACUCCAGGACCUGGCCAGCUCAGCAGGAAGCUCCCCUGGCCCCUGCCUGACCCCCAGCCCUGCUCCUUUACUCAAUGUGAACUCUUCAGCCUGCUUCUCAAGCUCAGGGACAGGGUUGGGGCCCAGGCAGGUCUCUUCUCUCGGGGUUCAAGGGAACGGCGGGAACACCUCUCCCCUGCUCUACCCUCGUCUGUCUGGGCUGCAUCGCAGCAUGGAGUCGCUGCCGCUCCACAUGAGUCUGGCCCCGGAGCCUCAGGAGAUGGAACAGGAGAAGGAGAGGGAGAGUUUGGUGAGAGGCUACACCACCUUAGAGUCCCGACAUAAAGAUAGACAGGACGACAGAGGCCCUCCUGCCAGCUGGAGCUCUGGAAGUAAAGUCUCGUUGUCUCUCACAGACAGUUCUCAGAGAGACAGAAACACACUGCCAAAGAAAGGUUUAAGUUUCAGUGGUGCCUCCCAGGUCGAGGAGGAAGGGAAGGAGAAAGGAGAGCGAAGACACUCUCAUACUAUUCUCAGUAUGACCGACUCGCUCACUCUUCCACUGCUGUCCUCACCCACCUCCCUGCCCCGCAACUCAAAAACUAGUAUGGUACCCAGCCCUGUCGGCGGACCUCCGAGGAUGACUCGAUCCAACAGCAUCCCAACACACGAUGCCUCUCUGGAGCUAUACGGAGCGUCUCCGCUGGGCAGUACACUGUCACUGGCUGAACGCCCCCGCAGCAUGGGAAUGGUUCGCUCCGGAUCCUUCAGGGACAAGGAGCAAGACGAGGUUCAUGGGUCGGUUCUCUCCCUGGCAUCCAAUGCCUCGUCAAGUUACUCCUCGGUGAGUGUGGGCAGCAUGCAGAAUCAGCAAAUACGUAAACUGAGGAGGGAGCUGGAAUCGUCGCAGGAGAAGGUGUCUAACCUGACGACACAGCUGACGGCAAACGCAAAUCUGGUGGCUGCCUUUGAACAAAGCUUGCAGCUGAUGACAACGCGGCUGCAGAGUCUGUCAAUAAGCCACGAACAGAAGGACUCAGAGCUGGUGGAGCUGAGGGAGACCAUCGAGGCUCUUAAGGUCAAAAACGAAGAAGCCCAGGCUGUCAUACAAGGAGCCUUAAACAACCCAGAUAAUAUGAAAGACAUGCAGAUUCGACGUCAGAAUUCAUGUGAAAGCAUCUCCAGUCUCAACAGCCUGACCAGCAUGUCCAGCAUAGGCAGCUUGAAGGACCAAGAUGCCAAGAAAAAGAAGAAAAAGAGCUGGGUCUUUGAGCUGAGGAGCUCUUUCAACAAGGCAUUCAGCAUUAAGAAAGGCUCUAAAACAUACUCAGACAUUGAGGAAAUUGCCACCCCUGACUCCUCGGCUCCCAACUCCCCAAAGAUGCUCCAUGAGGGAGGAGAUGAAGGAGAAAAUCAGCCCUCAACCCUCAAUACUUCGGCCUCUGCCACCUCAUCUGUGAUCAUGGAGACUACAGAGGAGGGAGAUAAUGAGGAAACGGCAGUAUCAGACUUGCGCUCAGAACUCUGGGUGAAAGAGAGAGAACUGACAGACAUCCGAUUGGAAGCCUUAAGCUCUGCACAUCAGCUGGAGCAGCUUCGAGAAGCCAUGAACAGCAUGCAGUCAACGGUGGAGAACCUGAAGGCGGAGAAUGACCAUUUGAAAACAGGCUCCGGCCCCACCUCUUCCACAUCCCAGCCCUCAGGUCUGGCCUCUCUUCUCGGGCCGUCACUGAGGCAGCCAAUGAGCAUGUCCCUCACCAAGUCCUUCAGCCUCAGUCUAAAUGAUUGUAAAGAUCCCGACACGUCUUCAGUUGACUCAUUAAGUAUGUCUUCCCAGCGGGAUGAGGUGUGUGCACGAGUGCUGGUCCGCAUUGGAGAUCAAGCAGAGGACAGUAAGCAGCAGCAGGAUUUCUACCUGGGCUCAGUGCUGGUCGGUGCAAGAACUGACUGGUCCUGUCUCGACACUCUUAUAGCUAAGACCUUCAAGGACUAUCUAACUCAAGUGGACCCGACUGCCAGUCUUGGUCUGUCCUGUGAUUCGCUGCACAUGUACCAGCUGACCCAGGGAGUGCAGAGGGUGAUAGGAGGGGACAAACCUCAAGCCUCGCCUUAUCGUUGCCUUAGCAAUGGUUCAGCGCGCAUACUUGUCACUUUGAAAGGUCUCAGAGAAAAAUGUGUUGACUCUCUGGUGUUUGAGACUCUGAUUCCUAAGCCAAUGAUGCUGCACUACAUCAGCUUGGUGCUGAAACACAGGCGUCUGGUUCUAUCUGGGCCUAGUGGAACUGGAAAGACUUACCUGGCUCAACGUCUGGCCCACUACCUCCUGCAGCGCAGCCGGACUGACUUGUCUGAGGCUGACCACGAGACCUGUGUCCUCGGUCGCAGCGCUGCUGUCACCUUCAACAUGCAUCGUCAGUCACAGAAGGAGUUGCAGUUGUAUCUUUCUGAUCUAGCAAAUCAGAUAGACAGAGAGAGUGGAGGAGAACUGCCACUGGUGGUUAUUAUUGAUGACAUCAGUGACUCAGCAGCCAUCACUGAGCUUGUUAACGGAGCUCUCACCUGCAAGUAUCACAAAUGUCCUUACAUCAUUGGGACAACCAAUCAGCCUGUAAAGAUGACAUCUAACCAUGGUCUGCACCUCAGCUUCAGGAUGGUAAUAUUCUCCAACAACGUGGAACCUGCAAAUGGGUUCCUGCUGAGGUACCUGCACCGUAAAGCCGUGGAAGCUUACCAGGAGAAGGAGCAGGACUCUGCACGCCACCAGGCUCUCCUCCUCGUACUGGACUGGAUCCCUCAGCUCUGGUACCACCUCCAUACUUUCCUGGAGAAACACAGCACUUCAGACUUCCUCAUAGGUCCCUGCUUCUUCCUGUCAUGCCCAGUAUCGGUGGCAGAGUUCAGGCAGUGGUUCAUUGACCUGUGGAACCACUCCAUCAUACCGUACCUGCAGGAGGGAGCCAAAGACGGCAUCAAGGUGCACGGACCGAAGGCAGUAUGGGAGGAUCCAGUGGAGUGGGUGAGAGGGACCCUCCCUUGGCCCAAUGCACAGCAGGACCAGUCCAGACUCUUCCACCUACCUCCCCCCAGCAUAGGUCCGCCCAGUGAGGAGAAGAAGCCCCCCAAAGAUACACCUCCACCCAGCACACUGGAGUCAGACCCACUGAUGGCAAUGCUGCUGAAGCUCCAGGAGUCGGCCAACUACAUUGAGUCUCCAGAGCAGGAAGGCUGUCUGGAUCCCUCUCUGCAGGCUACACUCUGAGAAUAACACGCGACUGUCAGUCAAGCUGUGGAACUAGAGACUCUUUAUUAAGACUGACACAGCGGGCGCAGUCCCAAUGAGACUUCAAAGACUCAAUAAUUAACUUAACUGUGUGCUCAGUGAGCAAAGCUAAAUGUAAAGGAUCUAUAGAGAGAGUGAUUAUGGACGAAGGGUUUGCUCUGCCCUGCUAUCAGAUAGAAACUGCUCUGACAGGAAGCUGUGAUCAUGUCAGGGAAAGACUUGUCUCUUCUCUGCCCUCAAUUCGUUCCAGAUUGUUAAAUCUGCAAGUGCAUGGUAACCGGAAUAGUAUGAUGCAAAAUAUUACCUAUAAUCCUAUUGAUCAAGACCCAUACUUUUCUUUUAACAACAUUCACCUUCAAACUAUUGGUGCUUAUUGUUACUGGUUUUCUUUUAAGGCUUCAUUUCAUAAAGAAAUUCACCUCAGAAGUAGGAUAAUCACUCGACGACGGCCAAAAAAUGCACUUUAUUUUCUACUUGCGGCAAUUGGACUUUAGGAGGCUGUGUCAGUGACUGUGUAUCAAACAGGAAUCAUGCAGUGCAUUAGCAAUUCCUCUAGAUGGCAGCAUCUACUCCUGCCACAGUGCUCUCCUGGUGUGCUUUCUGACUUGGUGCUCAGCAAAAUUCAACACAUUACUCCAUAACACAGCCAUGAAAAUGGCCUUGAAUGUUUAUUUCUCAUCUCAGUUCAGCCAUUGUGUCAUUCAUUGAUCAAAUAUCAGAGGCUGUAAGAGGAACGUGCAUGGAUGAAUAAUGAUUUUUGUAGGGUCAGUCUAUAAAGAAAUCCUUGGUUUCCUCCAGUAAUAUACUGAUAUUAUAAACACAGAAACUGACCCUACUCAACAUACUGUAAACAAAAAAAAGCUUGUUUAUCUUGUCUGCCCAAACAGCCUACCAUUUCUGGCUAUGCUUGCAUAUGUUCUGUAUUUAGAUAUCGGUUUUAAAACACAAAAUUCUCUUGUGAUAGAUGAGGAUUUGAAAAUCUUGAUUUUGUAGGAUUUUAUACUGAGUCAUCUUCAAAGGUCAUCUGUACACAGCAGAUAACACUCCACGAUCGACUGUCACUCUACACUUCUGUCGUCACUUCUCACUGGGGCAUUUCUCAUUCAUCAUCCCAUGAGGGGAAGUGGAGAACAUCAGCGAGAAUUUUUAAAAAAAAGAACAUACCUGUCAUCAGCUGAAAAAAGAGUUUCCUUCCGCAUCACAUUUUCUUUUUUUAUCUUUUAUAACACCUUUUUUUCAAACUGUUUCCUUCUCGCAUGAGAGUUACUGCAAGAGUUAGAGCUGUGGGAAAGAAAGGUUGAAACUUAUUUUUAAGUGGCUUCCUCCUAUUCCUUUCCUUUGUUCAUUUGCACAUAAUAUAUGUUUGAUUACAGAGUAUUUAUUGCUCAAAUCUUGACUGUUCUUGUGACGAAGGAAGAAGGCACAAAAAGGUGUGUAAGAGGAGAAAACUGUAGGUAGUAGAGAUAAACCUCUCAGCCCCUUUGACCCUGAAGUACCUCAGACUGCCAUACUCUGUCCAGAUGUUCCUCUACUUUCCAAACAGGGUGAAAAGUAGAGACACAAUGCCUAAAUCUAUCUGUGCCUGAAACACAAUUUGGCCUAAAGCUGCUUCUGAGCUGCUGAAAUCUACCACGCGGAGGCCUCGAUUCAGAGGAAACAUCAUCACUUCCUCUCACCUACUCUGAUGUCACUUUAUUGUCGUCACCUUGUGGGGUAAUCAGUUUUGAGCUUUGGCUGGUGGUCAUGGUGGUAAGCUGUUAAGAUGAUGUGCAUGUCAGUUAAUUCUGCAGUAGAUGUGUAUCAUGACUGGACUGCUUGCGUGAGCUUUGACACCAUUUGUGUGAAAGACUUGACAUCUUUUUGGAGUUGCCUAAGAGUUGGAAGCAGUGUAGGAAAAUAUUUUAGCCUGGAGAUGAUAUGUUAAUGCAUGUAUCCCCUGGUUUGUUCCCAAAGUUUUGUUUCAUUGGACCUACCACACUAAACCUUAUCACGGGAGGGAUUUUUAUUAACUGGAUAUCUUCCUCUUUUCACAUUGCUUUUAAGAGCAGACAUUUGUUUUUUCUUAUGCAAAUAUUUGUAAAGGUUUCUUUCUCUUUUGUACAUGACAUCACUAUUGUAAACACUGUAAAUAGUCAGUGCAUCUGCGACAACAAUCACUUAAAAAAAAAUUGUAGAGAUCUAAGAGAAGGCAUGGCCCCUGUAUGCAGAAAACGGGCGUCUUCGGGGGUUUUAUUGUCCUCCUCUGGUGGGAAGGAGCAUUUGGCUUAAAAGGGGCCCUAAUAAUGGUUGUAUGGCAUGUCUCUAUAACCACAUCAAAUCCCAUAUGUCUAACAUUGAGCAAUGAACACAAUAAAGUCAUGCCAUUCGUCACAGCA